AUGACGUCCCAAGUGAGCCAGAAUUUCCAUGCGGAGUGUGAGGCUGCUGUAAACCAGCUGGUGAACCUGGAGCUCUGGGCCAGUUAUGUGUACUUAUCCAUGGCCUGUCACUUUGACCGUGAUGAUGUAGCCUUGAGUCACGCAGUCAAGUUCUUCAAGCAGCAGUCCUAUGAAGAGAGAGAGCAUGCGGAGAAGUUUCUGAGAUACCAGAACAAGCGAGGGGGUCGCCUUGUGCUGAAGGACAUCAAGAAGCCAGAGCAGGAUGAGUGGGGAAACAUUUUGGAAGCGCUGCAGAAGGCCUUGCAACUGGAAAAGACAGUGAACCAAGCCCUGUUGGAUCUGCAUAAGCUGGCAACCGAGAAGGCAGACCCCCAUCUUUGUGACUUUCUGGAGUCCCAAUUCCUUGAGGAGCAAGUGAAGACCAUCAAGAGGCUGGGAGACCACAUCACCAACCUGAAGCGCUUGGGCUUGCCCCAGAACGGCACGGGAGAGUACCUUUUCGACAAGCUCACCUUGGGCGAGAGCAGCUGA